AUGACAGUUCCCAUGCUCAAGCAACUGGCCGCUGCCGCUGUCGUGGCACAGUUCCUCGGCCUGGCCUCGGCUGCCGCCCUUCCCCUCCAGGCCAGAGACGGCGCGGAGCCCGGCCUGCCGCACGCCUCCGACACCACGUCGUACUGCUCGUGGUGGGCUGACUACGACGGAUCGCAGACUUGUCAAGAGGUUCUCGACUUCAACUGGAUUGACCUGAAGAGUUUCCGUCGCUGGAACCCUUCCGUUGGAUCCGACUGCUCUGGCAUCAAGGCCGGCAACAGCUACUGUGUCGAGGCCUACAACGAGCCUACGCCGCCUCCCGAGGCGGAGGAGACGACCACUACCAAGGCCGUCGUCACCACCACCGCUGCUCCCACCUCCACCAAAGCUCCCACCACCAUCAUCAUCACCACCACCACCACUUCCGCCGGUAGCGGUGUCGAGACCCCCGACCCCGUGCAGGGCGGCAUCGUCAAGAACUGCAACAAGUUCCACUUUGUCGCCUCUGGUGACUCGUGUGCCGCCAUUGCCCAGAAAUACGGCCUCACCGUUGCCCAGUUCGCCUCCUUCAACGGCCUCAACGGCGGGUGCACCAACCUCUGGGGCGAUACAUACGCCUGCGUCGGUCUGAUCGGCGGCAACCCGGCACAGACAACCGCCCCGGUCCAGACGACAACCGCUCCCAGCAACGGCGUCCAGACCCCCGAGCCGGUCCACAACGGGAUUGUUGGCAACUGCAACAAGUUCUACAUGGUUAAGAGCGGCGACUCUUGCGCUUCCAUUGCCCAGAAGAACAGCAUCCGCACUGCGGAUGUUGUCUCAUGGAACGGCCUCAACAGCGGCUGCACCAACCUCUGGCUCGAUACGUAUGCCUGCGUCGGUCUUGUCGGUGGCAACCCUGCGCCCCCGGCCACCACCACCAAGACGGCCGGUAACGGCGUUCAGACCCCCGAGCCCGUCCAUAACGGUAUCGUUGGCAACUGCAACAAGUUCUACAUGGUCAAGAGCGGUGACUCUUGUGCUUCGAUUGCCCAGAAGAACAGUAUCCGUACUGCCGACGUUGUGUCGUGGAACGGUCUGAACAGCGGCUGCACCAACCUCUGGCUUGACACGUACGCCUGUGUUGGUCUUGUCGGUGGUAGCCCGACCGUCCCGCAGACCACGACGACGACCAAGGCCGGCAACGGCAUCCAGACGCCGCAGCCCGUCCACACCGGCAUCGCCAGCAACUGCAACAAGUUCUACAUGGUCAAGAGCGGCGACUCCUGCGCCUCCAUCGCCCAGAAGAACAGCGUCCGCACCGCCGACGUGGUCUCCUGGAACGGCCUCAACAGCGGCUGCACGAACCUCUGGCUCGACACGUACGCCUGCAUCGGCGUCGUCGGCGGCUCCCCGACCGUCCCGCAGCCUGCGACGACCACCAAGGCCGGCAAUGGCAUCCAGACGCCGCAGCCGACGCAGCCCGGCAUCGCCACCAAUUGCGACAAGUUCCACUUCGUCAGCGACGGCGACACGUGCGCCAAGAUUGCAAGCGCCAACGGCAUCAGCGCCGCGCAGUUCGCCCAGUGGAAUGGCCUCAACAGCGGCUGCUCCAACCUCUGGGGCAGCGCCUACGCCUGCGUCCGCGUCGUCGGCACCCCGACCAGCCCGGGCAACGGCGGCGGCGGCGCCGUUCAGACGCCUCAGCCCACCCAGGGCAGCAUCGUCGCCGGCUGCAAGCUGUUCGAGUUCGUUCGCUCCGGCGACACCUGCGACGUCGUCGCCAAGCGCCGCGGCGUCACAGUCAAGCAGCUGACCACCUGGAACCCGUCCAUCGGCAGCGACUGCACCAAGCUCUGGGCCAACGCCUACGCCUGCGUCGGUGUUUAA